AUCAAACAACAGAACAGUAAGUAAGACAAGUCGACGACGACUUUUAUAUUUAUACAAGAGCGCUUGAAGUGUAAAUUCAUUACGUCCGUAUAAGCGAAAAUAAAACACAAGCUGAAGUAACACAAUGAAAUAUUUGUGAAGAUAUUAAAGAUGAUGUUGCAUAAAAAACCAGUCUCAUGAUAAAGGCGAAGAUCGCAAAAAUCGUCAAAAAGUUUAAAGAAAUAGUACCGGGGGAAUGUGUUAACAUAAGUGUCUGUUCAUUAUCUGAAACAUGCGGCUUUGCAUUGAAGAAGAACUUUUAAUAAAAGUUAAAGUUAUAUAUUUUUAAUAAGAAAAAUUCAUUGGAAAAAAGCAUACAAUCAAACAAAAAAGAGUUAUAACGUCUGGGGAACUUUUACUUUCGAAAAAUAAAUAAAGAUAAGAUUAAAAAAGAAUUUUUUUGACAAAUCAAAAAAUGACUUCCACAAUCUUGCAACCCACUACUGCUAAUGGAGAGACCUCUAAUAUAUGCUGGGAGACGCAGGAGAAACUUCGAUUUUCAUGCAUUGAUAAUAUUAAAUGGAAACAGUUAUGGAAAAUAAUUGCUCUGGACACUUACACAAAUAAUGAAGCAACGGCAAAGCGCCGCAAUCAUAACUUAAGGAACAAAAGCAAGGAAAGUCUAAGAAGAUCUAUUAACAGCAAUGAGGAACACAAAGGUCGCGGAACAAGCGAAGAUUUCGCAUAUAACCCGAAUCAAUCUGAAUCUGAAAUACCGAAUCGCAUGUCUCUAUUGAAAUUUCUCGCAAUUAACGCCUUAGAACUAAGUGCGCCUGCCACUCCCAUUCUUUUGCAACAACAGCAGGGGCAGCAAACGCAAAAGCAACCGCAAGACAAACAAAAUCACCCAAAUGGUUGGCUCCAGCUUUCAGGUCAUCCGGAAAGCAUUGUUCCCACGUGCAGUGGUGUAGUACGCAAACGUGUAAACACUUUCAACGACUACGAAGUUUUAGCGUAUCGACAUAUUUCUUUGGAACCGGAAACCGCAACAAUUGUGCCACGAUUCUUCGGUUCUGUGCAACUUGAUACGGGGGAUCGUUUUAUUGAAUUGCAAGAUUUACUUAAUGGGUUUAAAGAUCCGUGCGUAAUAGACAUCAAAAUGGGUUGUCGUACAUUCUUGGAGUCCGAAGUCAGUAACAAAACACUCAGACCUGAUUUAUAUCAGAAAAUGUUGAGUGUGGAUAGAAAUGCGCCCACUGCAGAGGAGCAUGAAGCCCAAGCCAUUACAAAACUGCGUUAUAUGUUAUUUCGUGAAGCUAUGUCUUCUUCACAGACAAAAGGUUUUCGCAUAGAGGCGCUGCGUUUACGUGGAAAAAAACCUAUCAACGAUCUGAAAACGGUUCGAUCAUCUGAGCAAAUUUUUCAGACAAUUGAACAAUUUAUCGGGUCGCAAAAAGGCGUGCAGAAAGAGAUUAUCAAACGUUUAAAGCACAUGCGAUCCGUCAUUGAACGUUCAUCGUUCUUUCAAAUGCACGAAAUUAUUGGCUCCAGUAUAUUUAUUGUUUACGAUCAUAGUCGCGUGGGCUGUUGGUUAAUUGAUUUUGUCAAAUCGAGACCAUUGCCGAUGAACGUUAAAGUAAAUCAUCGCUCAGAAUGGUUGCCGGGCAAUCAUGAAGAGGGUCUUCUAAGGGGAUUGGAUAAUUUAAUUACGGCAUUCGAAGAAGUUUACAAUAGAAGUAAAGAUUUUACACGAAAAUGCUUACAAAUCUAAUUGCGUGUGAGAUUUCACGAAAUACUAGACAUCUUCAAUUAUCUUUGUGUAUAGAAGACUGAUCGCAUCAUUUUUCUCUUCUACAUUCAUUUCUAUGCAUAUGUAUAUAUAUAUAUAAAAAAUUUUCCAUAUUGGAAAUUGUACAUGUCUGUUUAGUCAAUUUUUAAAAAAUAUUCUAAACAACACAUUAGCAGUUUGUUUAAAUUUGCAUAGAACACUUUCGCAAAUGAACACACAAUUGCGUUUAAUUUUAAAUAAUAUUAUUAUACUGCGGUAUUUUUUUAUUAUUCUUUUAUAUUAACUCAUAGCAAAAAA